AUGGGUAAUAUCAUCGCGACCUUGAAACAAACAAACUCUCUCCUGACCUCUGAGAGUAUUGCAAAGGGCUCACUUAACUUGAAAUUUGCUAAAAGCUUCGGCCUUCUGGGUGGUGCAAAAGGUAAUGCUGAAAUAGAAGUCAAACAAAACGAAGAGAUCCAAAACUACGAUCUAGAGAUCGGCCUAGUAGGUGUUUACCUUGACACCGACCCUGAGGUCAAGGUCCCUGUCACAGUGCGGGAGUUUUCGGAUAAGGUCAUGACAGCUGGACGGUUCAUCAAAGAAGGAGUGCCGUACACAAUAGAAUUGACGCCUCUAAGAUACUACCCAGGUCUUUCCGUCGCUCUCAUGUACGACGCUAUCAGCGAGGCCGAACUAGAGGAUAUCAAGUCAUCCUACAAUAAAAUGAUGGGAUUAGCAAAUGGCUUGUAUACGUUGUUUGACCGUGUCCAGAAUGUCGGCCAAAAGAACUUUCCAAAGUUCUGCAGUGCCUGUCGCAAUAUCAGAGACAAUUACGAUCUUCUUAUAGGCAAGAUACGAGGCUCUCUGGGAAUUCUGCUUCAAGAACACGCUGAAGAUAGCCCCGAUCGAAGCCAAAAAAUCAAGGACUUUCUAUCUUCAACGCUUCAAUCGGUCGAGGAAUACGAAAAGAUUUUGCGUGACCGGAAACGGACUUUUCAUGGGUAUGUGAACAUGGUUCAACUCGCCAAGGACAAUGGAUUCCCCAUGGGGUCUCUCACAGACAUAGAGAGCGCCAUAUUCGGCAGUCCCCCAAAGCCUACGGCGCUGAUGAUAGUCCCUUCAAAAGCCAGACUAUCAGAGCUCAAGAACUUUUACUUGCUGUAUCCUCCAAAAUCGGAUACUGUAGAGACGGUGACAAAAUUUGAAUGCUUCACGAUCCUAGCAGAAGUAGCAGACCCCGAGGAAAGCAGUAGCGAAACCUUGAUUUCCGCAGCAGACCCUGCCUUGAGAACAAGUCUGGGAGCACUAGAUUGGGACGAUCAUGCUCUGCUCCAGGCUUUUGAUAAAUUCAUAGCUACCAACACUCCUGUCUUGGCCUUGUAUGGCUUUCCAUCUCUGUUGAGAGAUCCCUCAUGGACAAGGUAUCAUGCAAUUUUCCACUGGGAACACCGUGACAGGCAGUUUCUUUGUAGAGGCACACCCGAUGGUUACGGCCAGUCGUGGGAGAAAGAUGGCGAGAAGCCAAAAGAAGAGGGCGUGUUCCUGAAUGGUGCACUGAAUGAUUCAGCAAGCUUAGUAAGAGUUACGGCUUACAACGGCAAUAUCCCUGAACAGUCUGCUGUUUUUGCGAUACCUGGGAAUGAGUUGGUUGGGCACGAUCCGUCAACGGAAGCUCUUCGGGCCGUUCUGUCUGCUCAACUGGCAAAGGGCGCGAAUGUGAUGGGUUGGAAGUCUGAUAUCAAACGUAUAUUGAGGUCGAUAUGGGAUGUUCCACAAAGGGUGAAGGACAUUGAGUUAAUGAGAGCCAACAAACCAGCCAAAUGCUGGCGCACGGACUCCGCGACUUAUGUAGAGGCGCAAGGUGGCCGACUCAUCGACGUCCACCAUUUCGAGUUGCACGGUGUUCCAGGGUUUUAUUCGCCUUGGAUUAACGGCUACGUUAUUUAUGGGCCAGAUCAUGAAUUGAAAGUCAUCAGCAGCUUCAUGAAGAUCAACGACCCAGUUCUGAUAUCAGCAAAAACAUCAUGA